CGCGAGUGUGGAAAGACCCAAAGCGAGCGUUUACUGGUACCAGCUCUCGUUCUCAUUGUCUCUGGCUCGUUCAUGCGGUAAGCUUUGCAAUGGCAAUGUUGUGGCAGAUUCUGAGUUGGCUCUUGGGAUCGGUCGACAAGUCCAUUGGGCUCGUCCGAUGGAUGCUUCCUCAACGUGCUCGUCCCAAGUUCUUUGCGGACGGAUGGGGCAAAUACGAGCUAGCUUUCGGGGCGCAGGACGAAAUGCUCAGCAUGCUCAAAUCCAGCGACAAACGGAACCGCUUUCGAACCGAGCUGGAGAACGGGAGUAUUCAAUGGAGUCAACCAGUCGUCAAGAGUUCUGUUUCGGUUACCUCCGGAGCAUUUCCGAGUCCGGUGGCGCACUUACUUCCCGACAAAGCCAAGAUCUGCCGAUUUUAUUACGUCCAACCAAUUAUCGAGGAGAAACGCAAAACAGUCACCAUCAUCAUGCUGCCAGGAACCGGCGAGGCGGGCAAAGGGGAUCGGUUGAAGAUGGCCACUCAAUUGGCCGACGAAUGUGGUUGGUCUUCGAUUAUUGUCACCGCUCCCUAUUAUGCCGCUCGCAAGCCGGACAAUCAGACCGCAUUCUUUGUACGAACCGUCGAGGACCUCCUGCUGCAAAGCGUCGCCAUCAUGCAAGAGGCCGCCAUCCUCGCGAGUUACUUUUUGCACCGCUCGGAGCAACAGCGGGUUUGUAUCACCGGAUUUUCGUGGGGCGCAGCCAUGGCCUCCGGUGCAGCGGCCGUUGCUCUCACAACUGCCCACAAGGACGCCGGUCGACGCCUCGCCUGUGUCCCUUACGUGGGGUGUUCGUCGCCGUCCAUUUUGGUGAGCGGCGUCCUGGAAUCCAGUAUCGACUGGACUGCUCUGCAACAAAAACCCAACGAACCGCACGGGGAAACACACGCACAAGCACUUGAGGUUUUGGGUCGGUUUCAUCUGUCGCCACUGAACGAUGCUGUCCAAAGCCAGAACAAAUCUAUUGCGGCUCUGCAUAUUGUCAAUAUGCAACACGAUUAUUUUAUUCCCCAACGAUUCAGUCGGGAGUUUACUGCCGAACUUGGGCGUAUGACAUCCGAUACCAGCAAUAGGGCCGCUCAAGUUUUACCCGGAGGCCACGUUGUCGCGAUGCUUGUUCGGCCUUGGUACCAAAAGCGAGCCAUUGUUGACGCCGUGCAUGCGCUUUUCUAGUACUAAAUUUAAGAUCCACUCAUUUUCCUUA